GGGAACGCACUGCUUGGACUGGAAGCGACCCGCGUCCACCACCGCCGCUUUCCCCGUCUCCCCCUCACCGCGCGGCGACGCCGAGCGACCCAGCGGCGAGCCCGGCAUGCAUCACGACCCCAACCCCUUCGACGAGGGCACCGCCGGCGACGAGAACCCCUUCUCCAAUGGAGGAGGCCGCGGCGGGAAGCAGCAGCACGGCUUCCGGCCGACCGAGCCCGUCGGCUUCGGCGGCGGCGGCAGCAGGGGCGACGCCACCGUCGACGUGCCCCUCGGCAACAUGGGCGACUCGAAUGGCAAGGCGAGGGAGCUCUCGUCGUGGGAAUCAGAUCUGAGGCGGCGUGAGGCGGAUAUCAAAAGGAGGGAGGAGUCGCUGAAGAAUGCUGGAGUGCCCAUGGAGGAGAAGAAUUGGCCACCUUUUUUCCCGAUUAUCCACCAUGACAUCGCCAAUGAGAUACCUGCCAACGUGCAGAAGUUACAGUAUCUGGCGUUUGCAAGCUGGCUUGGAAUUGUGCUCUGCCUGUCCUGGAACUUUAUUGCUGUCAUAGUCUGCUGGAUCAAGGAGGGAGAUUCAAAGCUGUUCUUCCUUGCUACAAUCUAUGCUUUGCUUGGAAUUCCCCUUUCUUACUUGAUGUGGUAUCGACCCCUCUAUCGUGCAAUGAGGACUAACAGUGCAUUCAGUUUUGGAUGGUUUUUCCUGUGUUAUCUGAUCCACAUUGGUUUUUGCAUAAUUGCUGCCAUUGCUCCGCCAAUUGUAUUCCAAGGGAAAUCAUUAACGGGCAUAUUGGCCGCGAUCGACACUUUCUCUGAGCAUUUGAUAAUUGGGAUCUUCUACUUCGUGGGGUUUGCACUAUUUUGCUUGGAGACACUGCUGAGCAUCGGGGUUCUUCAGAAAGUAUACAUGUACUUCCGAGGGCAUAAGUGAAGCGGUCUGGGAUGGAAAGUUUUCCGAAGUCUAUAAGCAGCAGUGAUUGUGUCCAUAUGUGUCAGUACACCUUGAGUCUGUUCUGUUCUGCCAAAGGUUGUCGAAAAAUGCUUCUGAGCCUGAAUGGAGUAUGGAAGGUAGCCCUGCUACUAUAGGAUGUUCUCUAUGGGGUGUUGAGAUUCUUUAUAUGCUGUACUUCGUGUGUUAUCUGGUAGAUCUCCUGCAAGUUUGGCAUGUCGGUGAACAUUACAAGUAGUCAGUAGUUAAACGAAGAAUAUGAACAACUAGGCAGGAAUCAUGUUCUUUCGAGAAUUAGUGGCGAUGCUCUGCUAUGUGCUUUGGAUGACUAGAUGUUUGUUAAAUUGCCCAGUUAUAGCAAAUUCGUCCGGUGUCACUUGAUGCGAUGCUA